AUGCUAGAGGACCCCGAUGAGCUAGCAGUACUGGAAGAGAUCCAACAAGAACUGAUCUUGCAAGAACAGUUGGUUAUAGAAGAGUACGAGCGAAGCCUGCAGUUUGACGAAGAAUGUCUCAACGCGAUGCUUGAUGGCUUGGAUGCCAGCGACAAGGUCAUCUGCCCAGUGUGCAGAAAGAAUUACCUGACUGUGAGGAACCACUUCGUUUUUUGCCAGUGCGGAUUAUACAUCAGCACACAGGAUAUGACAGAAGGGAAGCUUCGGUCACUUCUAGAAAACACUGUAACAGAGCACAGUCAGAGGUGCUUUCACAACCCAGAGUUCACAGUUACCAGUGGAAUGGAGGAAGAAGCCAGUCUUCUCAUGAGCUGUCCGGUCUGUGACUCCUGGACAAUUCUCCUGUAA